AUGUCCAAAUUCGGUGUCCUCGUCACCGGUCCCGCAGGCGCCGGCAAAACGACCUUCUGUACCGCCCUCAUAACCCAUCUCCACCACAGCCGCCGGUCCGCCUUCUACGUGAACCUGGACCCGGCCGCCACAGACCUCAGCUACACCCCAGACCUGGACAUUCGGGACCUGAUCUCGCUCGAGGACGUCAUGGAAGAGCCGCUCUCGCUGGGCCCCAACGGUGGACUGAUCUACUGCUUUGAAUUCCUCUUACAAAACCUGGACUGGCUGGCCGAGGCCAUCGACCCCUUGACGGAAGAGUACCUGAUCAUAUUCGACCUUCCGGGCCAAAUCGAAUUGUACACACACAUCCCCCUACUACCUGAACUGGUCCGGUACCUCUCGCGCAUGGGUCCGCUGAACAUCUCCCUGUGCGCCGCGUAUCUACUGGAAGCCACGUUUGUGGUCGACAAGGCCAAGUUCUUCGCCGGCACUCUGUCUGCCAUGAGCGCCAUGAUCAUGCUCGAACUGCCCCACGUCAACAUCCUCUCCAAAAUGGACCUGGUCAAGGACCAAGUCCCCAAGCGCGAACUGCGCCGCUUCAUCGACCCGGACGCCAACCUCCUCGACCAGGAGGAUACCGGCCGCGAACUCUUGCCCAGCUCUAGCUCCGGCGCCGCAUUCGGCGGCCCCGCCAUAGGCACAGGAGCGCCAGAGUACACCGCACUGGACGUCCGCAACGCCCACGAAGUCGACAGCAUCAUGUCCGGGGGUUCGUUCAAGCAGCUCAACCGCGCCGUCGCCCGUCUGAUUGACGAUUUCAGCAUGGUGUCCUUCUUGCAGCUGGACGUCAACGAUGAGGAAAAUGUCGGCGACGUGCUGAGUUACAUUGAUGAUGCCAUUCAGUUCCACGAGGCGCAGGAACCGCGGGAUCCCAAGGAGCCCGAAUUAGAAGACGCGCCCUGGGAGGACUGA